AUGAACCAAGAAGAGGCUAUAUUCCGCUCAGCGGACAUGACAUAUGUUCAGUUGUAUAUACCGUUGGAGGUCAUAAGAGAAGUGACUUUCUUACUAGGGAAAAUGGGUGUUUUUAUGGUAAUGGACCUUAAUAAAGAUUUAACAGCCUUUCAAAGAGGUUAUGUUAACCAGUUGAGGCGUUUCGAUGACGUAGAAAGGAUGGUGGGGUUCUUGAAUGAGGUGGUAGAGAAGCACGCUGCGGAGACCUGGAAAUAUAUUCUACACAUUGACGAUGAAGGAAACGACAUUGCUCAGCCCGACAUGUUGGAUCUUAUCAAUACCAUGGAACCACUCUCAUUGGAAAGUGUUAAUGAAAUGGUAAAGGAAAUUGUUGACUGCGAGUCCCGUGCAAGGCAAUUAGAUGAGUCCUUGGAUAGUCUUAGAAGUAAAUUGAACGAUCUUUUAGAGCAAAGACAGGUAAUAUUCGAAUGUUCUAAAUUCAUUGAAGUCAAUCCAGGAAUUACGGGAAGGGCCCGAAAUCCCGAGAUUGAACAAGAAGAAAGGGAUGUGGAUGAUUUUAGAAUAAACCCGGAUGAUGUAAGUGCAACUUUAAGCGAUGCAUUUUCAUUUGAUGACGAAACAUCGGAGAACCUAGAUGCUCCAAGGGGUGAUUUAAUCGGGAACCAAUCAAUUGAAGAUCUAAGUUUUUUGGAACAGGGAUACCAACACAGGUACAUGAUAGCAGGCUCCAUUAGAAGAACAAAAGUAGACGUAUUGAAUAGAAUUCUGUGGAGGUUAUUACGUGGUAACCUGAUUUUUCAAAAUUUCCCAAUAGAAGAGCCGUCAUUGGAAGGUAAAGAAAAGGUGGAAAAAGACUGCUUCAUCAUUUUUACUCAUGGUGAGACAUUACUGAAGAAGGUCAAACGUGUCAUCGAUUCUUUGAAUGGCAAAAUAGUUUCCCUUGACACUCACUCUAAUGAACUCAUUGACACGUUAAACCAACAAAUAGAUGACUUACAAAGAAUCCUAGAUACCACGGAACAGACUUUGCACACAGAACUACUUGUGAUACAUGACCAACUGCCAAUAUGGUCCGCCAUGACAAAAAGAGAGAAGUAUGUUUAUACUACAUUGAACAAAUUCCAACAAGAGUCUCAAGGCCUAAUAGCAGAAGGGUGGGUGCCAUCCACUGAGUUAAUCCAUUUGCAAGACUCAUUAAAGGACUACAUUGAAACAUUGGGUUCUGAAUAUAGUACCGUCUUUAACGUGAUCUUAACCAAUAAAUUACCACCUACAUACCAUAAAACUAACAAAUUCACCCAAGCCUUCCAAUUGAUCGUGGAUGCAUACGGUAUUGCGACCUAUAAAGAAAUCAAUGCUGGUUUAGCCACGGUUGUCACGUUCCCCUUUAUGUUUGCAAUAAUGUUUGGUGACAUGGGCCAUGGUCUGAUAUUAUUUUUGAUGGCACUAUUUUUGGUGUUAAAUGAACGCAAAUUUGGAGCCAUGCGCCGCGACGAAAUUUUUGACAUGGCAUUUACGGGCAGAUAUGUUUUAUUGUUAAUGGGUGCGUUUUCUGUAUAUACGGGGUUGCUGUACAAUGAUAUCUUCUCCAAAUCAAUGACAAUAUUCCGAUCAGGUUGGCAAUGGCCUUCCACUUUUAGAAAAGGUGAAUCUAUCGAGGCAAAGAAAACGGGAGUUUAUCCGUUUGGUUUGGACUUUGCUUGGCAUGGAACAGACAACGGACUACUUUUUUCCAACUCUUAUAAAAUGAAGCUUUCAAUUCUCAUGGGAUACGCACAUAUGACUUAUUCGUUCAUGUUCUCUUAUAUCAAUUACAAAGCCAAAAACUCUAAAGUAGACAUAAUUGGUAAUUUCAUUCCGGGAUUAGUGUUUAUGCAAUCAAUAUUUGGUUAUUUAUCAUGGGCCAUUGUCUACAAAUGGUCCAAAGAUUGGGUCAAGGAUAAUAAGCCAGCUCCGGGGUUACUGAAUAUGCUAAUAAACAUGUUUUUAGCACCGGGAACCAUUGACGAUCAACUGUAUUCUGGACAAGCCAAGUUACAAGUUGUACUAUUGCUUGCGGCAUUGAUUUGUGUUCCAUGGUUAUUAUUAUACAAACCAUUGACAUUGAAGCGGUUAAACAAAAACGGUGGUGGUGACAGGCCUCGUGGAUACCAAAGUGUCGAUAAUAUUGAACACGAUGAACAAAUGGCUCAACAACGACAUUCAACGGAAGGUUUUCAAGGAAUGAUUAUCAGUGAUAUUAAUAGCGUUGCGGGCAGUAUCAAUGAAAGCAUUGGUGGUGGUGAGCAUGGGUCAUUCAAUUUCGGUGAUGUCAUGAUUCAUCAAGUAAUCCAUACCAUUGAAUUCUGCUUAAAUUGCAUUUCGCAUACAGCAUCAUAUCUACGUCUUUGGGCGCUGUCAUUGGCGCAUGCGCAAUUAUCUAGUGUUUUAUGGGACAUGACCAUAUCGAACGCAUUCAGUGCUAAAAACCCAGGAUCGCCUUUAGCUGUCAUGAAAGUGGUUUUUUUGUUUGCCAUGUGGUUUGUAUUAACUGUUUGUAUCUUAGUUUUCAUGGAAGGUACAUCUGCAAUGUUGCAUGCACUACGUUUGCAUUGGGUGGAAGCAAUGUCCAAAUUCUUUGAAGGUGAAGGAUAUGCAUACGAGCCCUUUUCAUUCCAUGCUAUAAUAGAAUAA